CUCCUUUAUCCUUAUCCUUGCGUGCACCCUUGAUGAUGUCCCAGCCUACUCCCACCCCCACCCCCAACAGGCUCCACCCUGGGGGAACCGUGCUCAACCCCGAGAUCUCCGACCCCAAGAAGUUGCCGUUGAUAGUCGACAUUGCCAUCGACAACAACGGCAAGCAGAUGUACCAGGUGCACGAGUACUCCAAGUUGGUGCGCAAGGAAAUGCCGCGCUCCACCACCUUCUCGCGCACCGGCCACCCGUCUGCGGCCCCUGCGCCCCCACCCUACCACCAUGAUGAAACAACCCCCACCCGCAGGGUGUUGGGCACGCUUCUGCCCUCCACCCUCAACCAGAAGAAGCUCGUGGACGACGACGACGAGUACCCCGAGCCUGAGCUGGCCACUCGCAAGCACCCGCCGGUGGGCUUGAACACCCCCACCCAGCCACACUACCACCCGGUGGCCUCGUCGUUGUUGGACCACCCCGACUCCGCCAAAGUUCCGCUCAACCUCAACGUGUUCACCACGGAAGCACUGUCGGGUCCGUCUUCCGCCACCUCCACCAUCUCCACCCUGUCGUUCUCGCGGGCCCAGGAGAACGACAUUUGGUCCGAGCCAGUGGAACAGGCGUUCGAGGAGGUGCUCAACAUCAUCCCCAAAAACGGCCUCAACAAGAUCAAAAUCAGUGGCCGUUCGUGCGGACGAAACGAGCUCAUUUCCGACUACAUCUUCAUGAAAACUGGCAAGUUCCGCACCCGCAAGCAGGUGUCGCUGCACAUCCAGGUGAUCAAGAACUUGGGGCACAAAUUGGACAUCAUUAAGUUGAUCAAUGACGGCCCCACCUUCGACUCCGAGGACGCGCACAACAAGAACAUGAUGCGGUUCGAGGAGAUCUUCCUGACCAUCAACCUCCACAAGUCCAUGGGCAUCAACGACUCGUUGGGCAUGGCCGCAGCACCACCGUCUGCGUCUGCGUCUGCCAAACGCAAGGACUCCGUCACCUCAGCGUCGUCGUCGGUGUCCCACAAGCGUGCACGCAGAAAGUCCAGCAGAGGCCUGCGCAGACCCGUUUUGCCGCCUCCUCGCUUCGAAAACUUCUUCAUGUCAGUCUACGACUCCUACGCCGCCAAUCCCGUCAUCCUCUCGAUCCAGAACAACCAGGACACCCCCAAGGCGUUGAAAAUCAAGGAAAACGCCAACAUCGAGGCCCGGUUCCCGGGGUUGAACGAUUUCCAGGACUGUGCCCACAUCCCCAUCAUCCACAACAUGGUACGCAUCCUCUUUCCCGAGUUGCCCUCCAACCACUCGAUCGAGCUGGGGUUCAAGUCCAACAUCUUGUUGAACACCAGCAACCACCCCAUCGCAGAACCCAUCAAGACAGAGCCAUCCGAGGGCCUCAGCAACCCAGCGUCACCCAACGAAUACGAGGCCAGCGUCUACUCCUCGUUCACCUGCAUCUACUCCUACGGCAAGGAGGUGUUGAAGUUCAACGAGUCGGGCAUCAAGCUCAACGAAAACCGUGAGUUCUUGGUCAAAUUCUGGAAGUUCUUCUUGUCGAAAUUGGUGGGCAAAGACGACCACGAAAUCAACAUGGCCUUCAAGGGCAUGACCAUCAAGCAGGUCGUCUACGACUCCUCGUCGCCUGCGGGCGAGAACGACGUGCCUAACGACACCGUGAAUAACAACGACAUCAUGGUGUCCAAACUGAGAAUUAGAUUGGUUUUGUUGUGGGAGUUUGCCAAGGUGGACGAUUUGAAGGACGCCAUCACCACAACCUCCAACUUGAUUCUACCCUCAGCCAGAAUCGUGACGAAGAGCGAAAACAUCGUACCACAGGUGGUCGAAUAUCCUCAAUCUCAUGGCUAUGGCGACGGGUCUGCAGUGGCUGGCUCGCCAGCUUCCGCAACAAACCCGGGCUUUCCAAAUUACCCAGCCCCUCUAUCAUCCACAGCUCCUUCAGCUAUGAGCAUGGCCCAACCAAUGACCUCCACCACUAUUUCAUCACAAGCCCCCGAAUCCUCUUCCAUGGAACAGCCAUGGGAAAAACCUCAAAUUGAUGUCCAACGUAAAUUCCAAUCGUUGCAACAGAUGCAACUUAUGCAACACGGGACUCCUCAGCAAGCCCCCUCUCUGGGAGUACCCUAUCCUCACCAACAGUAUCAAUACCUGACCACCCCAGUCCAAGCAAACAACCCCAACCAACAAUAUCAUAUGGCACCCCAGCCACAACAAAGCAUGGAUUUUAUGAUGAUUCCUGGCGAUUCUCAAGAUUACCAGACGUUACUUUACCCAGGAGGUUUCAUCAAUGAUUACAUGUGAUCACUUGCAUUCAAGCCAUUUUAGUUACAUUUUCACAUUAACAGGUUUCAAUUCUAAUACGGCAUGACAACAGGGAACUAGUGAGUCAGCAAAACUAGAUGUGGGGGAACGGGUAGAAGAAGAUGAGAAUAGACUGUGAGAUCAGCAGGCUGAUGGUCAUACAAUAGCAUACAAGCGAAUUAUACUAGCAAAAUAAAAAAAAAUUCGACUUUAGUCUGAUUGUAGAUUUAGGAUGUUUGGUGUA